GCGCCCGGAGCCGCCGCCGGCGAGAGCGGCUCUGCGAGCGAGGACAGCGCACGGCUCCGCGCUCCCGCCCCAUCCGCCGCGCUCCGCACCGCGCUGCACCGCGCUCCGGCCGGCUCCGCACCGCGCUGCGCACCGCGCUGCACCGCGCUCCGGCCGGCCCUGCACCGCACCGCACGGUGCCUCUCCGGACAGCGCCGCUCCGCACCGCUCCGCACUUCUCCGAGCCGCUGCGCGCCGCGGGGUCCGCCCCUGCCCGGCCGCCGCUGCCCGCCGGAGCCCCGGUGCCCGGCACGGCCGAACCGGCGCGCCCCGCUCCGCCCGGCCCGGCCCCCGCGGCGGGCGCUCCCGCGGGCGGCAGGAUGGCCGCCAAGCCAGCCGAGCUGAUGGGCAUCUGCUCCAGCUACCAGGCGGUGAUGCCCCACUUCGUCUGCGUGGCCGAGGAGUUCCCGCCGCCCGCCCGCCCCGCCAAGGCGCCCAAGGGCAAGCUGCGGCGGCCGCGGCAGUCGCGCUUCAAGACGCAGCCGGUGACUUUCGACGAGAUCCAGGAGGUGGAGGAGGAGGGGGUGUCCCCUAUGGAGGAGGAGAAGGCCAAGAAGUCCUUCCUGCAGUCGCUGGAGUGCCUGCGGCGGAGCACCCAGAACCUCAGCCUGCAGCGGGACCGCCUCGGCAGCUGCCGCCUCCGCAACAGCCUCGACUCCAGCGACUCGGACUCGGCGCUCUGAGGCCGGCGGGACCGGGACCGGGACCGGGACCGGGCGAGGGACUGGGCUGCCCGGAGCCGCCCCUCUAGCCGGGCCGGGAGCGCCCGGGGCGGGCAGCCGGGUCGGGAUGUUUUCUAAGAAAGCGCUUGUACCUUCGUUUCUAUCUGAUUGUAUGAAACUCUCCGUUGAAAAGACCAAAAAAAAAAAAAAAAAAAAAAAGUAUCUUUUCUAUUCGUUAGAAGAAAUGAGCUGUUUUAGAUGCAUUGAGCUGCUGGACUUUAUAUUUAUUUUUGCAUUUAAACUGUUGACUGCAUUAAUUUAAUAUGUUUCUACCUGAAUGUCUGAUAUUAUUUCCAUAAAAGAGUAAUAAAAUGAUAUAUUUGCACAGUA